AAAAAACACAAAAUGGCGGUGCUUAGCUCAAUAGUAGAAGAUAAAGAAGUCAAAGAAGAAAUUCACUUGGACACAGUUUUGGACAAACUUGGUGCAUUCGGGAAGCACCAGGUGGCGACACUGUUCAUGUUGGCUCUAGUAUACGCCACAGGAACUAUGUAUAACGUCAAUUAUGUGUUUGCUGUUGAGGAGGUGCAUUAUAGAUGUAAACUACCAACUUGCGAGAGCAACACCAGUUUCUGGGUCCCGUGGCUCAACACCUCUUCACCAGACUCCUCAGAGGAGGGCAUCAAGCAAUGUGCAAGUUACCAGCUCGUUGGAGACAGCUGUCCACCGGCCUUCGGUGGUAGCAGCGAGGUGUGCCAGGAGUGGGUCUAUGAGGAUCCUCACAGCUUUGUAGCUGAGUUCGGCCUAGCAUGCGAAGAGUGGAAGCGGGCCUUAGUAGGAACCGCGCAUAUCUUCGGGAACAUGCUAGGAUUACUCGUACAGGGACAAAUCUCUGACAGGUUCGGAAGAAAGACGGCAGCAGUUUUCUCAGGCACCAUGGGAGGAGUUAUCGGUCUAGUCAAGAGUUUUGCGACCUCCUACUGGCCCUACGUGGUCUUGGAGGCGCUUGAAGCGGCCAUAGGAGACGCACUUAGCCCCAUGUUUAUGCUUAGCAUCGAGAUCGUAGCAAAAAAAAAGGCGGUUCUAUACCAGAUGAUUCUCUUGAACGUGGCUACCUGCGGUCUCAUCAUUCUUCCCUUCAUCGCCUGGGCCGUACCCUAUUGGAGAUACUUCCUUCGCGUCAUCUACGCUCCCGCCCUCAUUCUUCUUACAUAUUCCUUCUUCCUUGAUGAAAGCAUCCGCUGGCUCUUCAGCAAAGGCAAGAAGGAACGUGCGAUCAAGAUCAUAGAGAAGAUUUCCAAAAGGAACAAUGUGACUAUAGACAAGCAGACACUUAAUAAACUAGACUAUAAAGAAGAAGAAGAAUCCACUGAUUUCAGCGAUUGGAAAUUGCUGUUAAAGACGUUUAAAUCCAGGAUUAUGAUGCAGAGAUUCUUAGUGUGCAUGGUGUGGUGGUUUACUAUAACGUUGAUAAACUAUGGAAUGAUGAUAAGCUCAGUGUCAUUUGGUGGGAAUAAGUAUGUGAACUUUUCGUUGUUGAUGCUGAUGGAUAUACCAGCGAAUGUGUUCUAUUGGGUGGCGUUGUCGAAGUACAGGAGGAAAAUGCCGCUGCUGCUGUCUUUUUUGGUUGGAGGCGCGUUCUGUGUUGCGCAGCCUUUUGUACCAUCAGAUUACGCAUGGGCGGGGCUGACACUGCUGAUGGUCUUCGAGAUGCUAGCCACCUUCUCCUAUAACAUCGUGUACAUGUACAGCUCUGAGCUCUUCCCUACGUACACGAGGAACUCUUUGGUUGCCGUCUGCUCUUCGGUUGGAAGAGUAGGAGCUUUGCUUGCCCCACAGGCGCCUUUACUGAUGACGUAUUGGGUCGGCUUCCCCCCUCUGGUCUUCGGAUCUCUGUCUCUCCUGUGUGGCGUACUAACCCUCCCGAUGCCCGAAACAGCAGGCUGCGAGCUACCCGACACCAUUAAAGAGGCUGAGAGAAUCGGCAAGAAGAACAAGACAGAAGUUCAGGAGGAACUGGGAAUGCUGGUGAAAGGAAAACCAGUCACGUAAACGGUGAUGAAAAUGAUAUAACAGAAGAGUAAAGCAGAGUGAACAGAU